UACCACUAUUUGACUCGUGCACUUAACUAAACACAUAUUUUGACAUGAAGACAGUUAUCGACAUCGACGGCGCCAAUUCGGGACGAGGCGGCAGCGGUGGUGGCGGAGAAGAUGGCAGCGCCGCCAGUGGAGACGACAUAUUAUUGGCAGUAGGAGACAAUCAAGCGUGCAGUAAAGACCGAGUUAAAGGACCAUGGUCACCUGAAGAGGACGCGAUUCUUGGCCGAUUAGUUAGUAAAUUUGGCGCGAGGAAUUGGACUUUAAUCGCUCGUGGCAUUUCCGGCCGAUCUGGAAAGUCUUGCCGGUUGCGGUGGUGUAAUCAGCUUGAUCCAGCUGUUAAACGCAAGCCUUUUACUGAUGAGGAGGAUCGCAUCAUAGCUGCAGCUCAUGCAAUCCAUGGAAACAAAUGGGCGGUUAUUGCAAGACUUCUUCCGGGGAGAACAGAUAAUUCAAUUAAGAACCAUUGGAACUCCUCUCUAAGACGCAAGGGUACAGAGCGUCACAGGAAGAGGUUUUCUUCUAUAAAAAUGGACCAAGUUGCUUGCGUGGACAAAGCGGAAGCAUCAUCUGAAGAAACUCUUUCUUGUGGGGACGCCAGUUCUUCCAAAUCAUUGGAAGGAAAAGAAGUAAGCUCUCUGGAUAACGUAGAUGAUCGGUGUGAAGAAAUGGCAGCGUCACAGAUUCAAUCAAUUAAUGAAGCAAAAGAAGUGCCUACUCUUUUUCGUCCUCUGGCACGUGUCAGUGCAUUCAAUGUCUAUAAUUCUAUGGAUGGCUCAGAAGUUGCUUCACCAUGUUUAAGGCCAGUUCCAGUCAAUGAACCCGUAUUUCAAGCUUCAACACCAUAUGAUGGGAUCUAUAAAUUUCAUGAUUGGGUUUACAACGAGCAGCUGGUUCCUCACCAUUGUGGCCAUGGCUGUUGUGAGGCACAAAAAGGCAGUGAUCGUCACAAUACUCUGUUAGGCGCAGAAUUUGUGGAUUUCUUAGAAUCCCCAUCUUUUUCAAGCUACGAGUUAGCUGCAAUAGCCACAGAUAUUAGUAACCUUGCUUGGCUUAAGAGUGGAUUGGAGAAUAACAAUGUCAGAGUCAUGGGUGAAACAGUUAGCAGGAUAACUCCUCAUGGAUCUCAAGUGCGCGUGAGACGUCUUGAAGAAAGCAGAAGAAGUAGUGAUUUCCCUUUUGAUGAAGAGAAGAGCAGGUUAAGGGGUGUAGUAACCGAUAUGCCAUGAGCAUAAAUCAGUUUCCGUUUUUGUAUGCCAUGCUAACAUUAGGGUUUUGGAUUGACAUGAGCAAUUGCAUCUUCGUGUAUAACAGGGUGUUGCAAGCGGAUAGAACAUGAUUCAGAAAAAGAUUCGGAAUUCAACUCGGCAUUGUGUGAUUGAGUGACUUACAAUUUCUUCAAAAGCUUGCCAUGGAUAAUAACAUAACCAGAAAGAAGAAAAGAAAAGGUGCAACAGGUAGGGGUGGUAGGGGUGUGCAAUCAGUUGUUCAAACUGAACCGAAAUUUGAAAUUUUUCCAAAACCAAACCGAACUGAGCUUAUAAGGAUUUAAAAUUUCAAACUGAACCGAAGAGAAAUUGUCGGUAUGGUUGAUUUUUUUGGUUUGGUUCGAUUUGUACCAAAACUUCACUGAAAGUUCUUACGUCCAAAACUGAACCAAAAUAAAAAAAAACUAAAUUUUUUCAAUAAGGUCAAGCUGAACCGUAUUAUUUGGCUAUUCGGUUUGGUUAUGUUUUUGCACACUCUAGAAACAGGUGUUGCUCCACAACAUUUUCUAGUUACCAUGGGACCCUGAAAUCAGUUCCUGCUUUCAGUGAUGUAUAGAAUAACAUUCUGAUUAUUACCAAGGCCUGAAUGCUUUUGAUUACGGAAUAACAAAGCCGUGAAUUUCUGGGAA